CAACAACCAGAUAAAGAUUUAGUUUCACUGUCAUCGUGUGCAGCUAUAGUGGGUGUGGUUUAGCACAGCCUUUCAAAAGGGGCUGCAGGAGACGCUCUGAACUCAGUUCAGCUGCAGAAUCGACUCCGUACUCUUUAACACAAACAAGAACAGAACUUAUUACCAUCCAAACAUGGCCAGCAACUUCGGAUGGAGCAGAGAAAAUAAGGAGGAGGUGAGGAUAGUGCUGGUGGGGAAGACUGGCAUUGGGAAGAGUGCCACUGGAAACACCAUUCUGGGACGACAGUGCUUUGAAUCAAAGUUCAGUGCAAAGUCGAUGACUGUAGACUGUACCAAGGGCAAAGCUGAGGUGGACGGGCAACAGGUUGCUGUUAUCGACACCCCGGGCCUGUUCGACACCAGGUUUGGCAUGGAUAAAACAACUAAAGACAUCUGCCAGUGCAUCUCUUACGCUUCUCCUGGACCCCAUGUGUUCCUGGUGGUCAUCAGGCUGGGCAGAUACACUGAAGAGGAAAAGCAGACAGUGCAAAGGAUUCAAGAAAUCUUUGGCCAGGCUGCAGACAGAUACAGCAUGGUUCUCUUCACUCAUGGAGAUCUUCUUGAAGACACAACUAUUGAGGACUUUUUGACGGAAAGCUCAGAGCUGCAGGAACUCGUGUUCAGAUGUAAUGGCCAGUACCAUGUCUUCAAUAAUAAGCUGAAGGAUCGCCGCUCUCAGGUCACUGAGCUGCUCCAGAAGAUCAGAAAUUUAGUCCAGAAGAACGGAGGAAGCCACUACACCAACGAGAUGUUCCAAGAGGCCGAGAGGGCAAUCGAAGAGGAGAAACAACGCAUCCUGAAAGAGAAAGAAGAGCAAAUACGCAAAGAAAAAGAGGAAAUUGAGAGAAAACUACAAGAGAAAUAUGAAAAAGAGAUGAAGAAAAUGAAUGAACAACUCCAGGCUGAGAGAGAGAGGGAGAGGAAAGAGAGAGAGGAGGAGAGGAAGAGGGAGAAGCAGGAUAUGAAUGAGGAGAGAAAGAGGGAGAAGGAGGAGAGAGAAGUAGAGAGAAAGAGAGAGAGAGAGGAGAAAGAAAGGGAGAUGACAAACAUGAUGAAUCAAAUAAAUGAACAGCAUGACAGAGAACUGAGAAAGGAGGUAGAGAAGUUGCAGUCCAGGCAUGAAACUGAGGCCAGAGAGGAAGCUGAGGAGUUUAAUCCAUUAUAUCCUCUGGUAAAAGCUGGUGAACUCGCAGUUCAGGCUGGCAAAACGAUAGUUGGAGGAGUUAAACUUUUGGGAAAGGCAAUUGGAUCCUUGUUCAAAUUUUGAGUGGUUCAGGCUUAAACAGAGGAACCCUCCAGAAUCUCCCCCACACAGGAAUAUAUGAAAUAAAAUAAAUAUUCUUUAAUCCACAGAACUAUAACCACAGUUUCCUUUUUUCAAAGUCACACAUCAUAUUAUACUCUCACAUUGCCAUCUAGGGUUCUUUUUGCAUGAGUUUUGGCUGGACCGCAGAGGGCCACCCAUAGAUAUACACACAUAGACGCUGCAUUGACUCCUGGUUCGUACGUUAACGUGGGCGCCAUAUUGGACAGGGCAAGACUGACCUGUAACCCCAUGGGGGGAACGGGGGAGCUGCCGUUUUUCUGUAUAAAAAGCACUAUAACGUCUACAUUUCUCAACCGAUUUCAACGAGUUGUUUUAUAAUCAAACAUUUACGAUGAAGUAACGUUACGAUUUUUUUUGGUUUUCUCAAAAGAUUUUGGUGAAAAACUGUUAAAUACGGUGACGUCACUGCUUCCAGUUCAUGGAUCACCAGUCUGUCCUUCAAUAUGGUGGGAUUCAAUCAGUUAUUAUGUAAUUAUUAAAAACUAGUACUAUCAUAUCACAUUUUCCUUUAAGCAUUUUUCACAUUAUCAACUGUUCAAUUUAACGUUACAUCUUUACAAAACGUUUGCUUCUGUAACAUCAGAUCAGAGCUAGCUAACGUUCCUUAUUGUUAGCUAAUCUAUAAACUAAUGUUAGCUUAUUGAUGUUCAUAUCUAACAUGAUAUUGUGUUUAAAACAUGAAAUGUAUGAUACAUAUUAAAAGCGAUAUGUGUCUAAUAUUGCAAACAAUAAAACUGAUGUCAUGUCUUGGUUAUGCUAUUAGAUUAUUUUGUUGUUUUUAUAAUUGAUGUAUUAUCACCAUUAUUUCAAUAAAUUCAGAUCAUAACUAA